AUGGUGUCAAAUCAGCAAGGUGCUUUCAUAAAGGGAAGAAAUAUCCAAGAACAAGUGGCAUUAGCUUCUGAAAUGACCAAUGAGAUUGAUAUAAAGAGGAGGGGAGGAAAUUUUGGAUUAAAGCUUGAUAUUAUACAAGCAUAUGACUCCCUUAGUUGGAAGUUUCUUUUUCAAGCUUUAGGCAAAUUUGGUUUAUCAGAUCAGGGAAUACACUGGCUUCAAGUUCUGCUACAAUAUGCAAGUAUAUCAAUCUUAGUAAAUGGAGGACCAGAAGGAUACUUUCAGGUUGGUAGGGGAUUGAGGAAAGGGGACCCUUUAUCCCUUUUGCUUUUUGUUAUUUCUGAAGAUAUACUUAGCAGUAACAUCUCCAAAAUGAUACACGAUGGAAAUCUGAAAGCAAUGGUUAACAGAGGAGGUGUUCAGCCCUCACAUAUUUUCUUUGCUGAUGAUAUUUUUUUAUUUUGUAAUGGUGAAAGGAGAAAUGUCAGCAAACUAAUGGGUCUACUAAACAAGUACCAAGCAACAUCUAGACAACAAAUAAAUCUGGAAAAGAGUAAGUGCUUCAUUGAUGGUACAAGUCAGAGUAGAAGAACUCAAAUUUCUGAAGAUUGUCAUGUUUUUUUGGCUGAAUUCCCUGAUAAGUACUUGGGGGUAAUGUUGAUGCAAAGUAAUGUUAAAGCCCAACAUGUAUGGAGUGUGGUGGAUAUGAUGCAGGAGAAGUUGGCUGGAUGGAAGGGUUUGAGAUGGAUAAUUGGUGAAAUGAAGGAAAAUACUAGAUGGAUUGUAGGGGAUGGAAAUAGUAUUUCAACUUGGAGUGAUAAAUGGGCACUGGAUAUACCUCUGCAAGAAGCAUUUCCUGAAAAUGCUUACAUUUUACAAUUUCCAAAAAUGAAAGUGUCUGAUUUUCUUCUUGAUGCAAGAAACAAGAUCCUUGCUGUUAAAGAAAUAUGCUUAAGUGCUUUCAUAACUGUGAAGGAACUCUGGUUUCUGAUAAAUGAGUGCAAUUUUGGGAACGGGAAGUGUGACUUGAAUGUAACCAAGAAGAAAAUCAAGCAAGUAAUGCUGGAUAAUGAUCUCAGAUUGACAGCAAUAAUAUGGAAUACUCAAUAUGAUUUACAGAUAAUCAAGUAUUUUGGUCUGAAGACAAGGAAAGUGAAGAGUAUGAGAACACAAGAAAUAUACUUCAAACUUCCAGAACAAGAUAAACUGCUACUCUGCUGUGAUGGAGCUUUUAGGGCGAACCCUGGUAAUGCUGGUUAUGGAAUAGUGGGCAGGCUUAGUUCUGGAGAAUUUGUAGUUGCUAUUUCAGGUGGACUAGGGGUCUCUACAAACUAUUAUGCAGAAGUUUUUGCAGUGUUAAUGGCAGUGGAAUGGGCUAUGAAUAAAGGGUUCAAUAAACUUGUUUUCAGAACUGACUCUAAAGCUGCCAUAAAUGCUUUUCAGAAUAAUACUAUUCCAUGGUUUGCUGCCACCAGGUGGGAAAGAAUUUGUGAAGCAGCCAUCUCUUGGGAGUUCAUUCAUAGCUACAGAGAGAUCAAUUUUUCAGCAGACAAUAUGGCAAAGAAAGAUUUUGUUGGGGUUGAGAUGUAUUCUAGAGGUUUCUGUUCGAUGGAGUCUUCUUCUUGUUCGUGGGAUUUACCUAAAGACUUCAUUGACAACGGUAUAUCUUUUGAGUUUGAUAAAUAUAAGGGAACUCUUAUUGAAGUUGAAAGAUACUUUCAUCAAUCUCAUGUUUCCUACUCAGAUAUUUGGGAGAAGAUUCCAAAUAAAGUGGUUAUUGAUACUCAGCAACUUGUUGGGACUAUGAAGUGUCUUGAUGUUGUAAGGGCUGAGUUGAAAAAGGUUAAUUGUAACCUUGAUCUCAUGAAGAAACAUGUCAAAGAGCCUCCCAAAAAGGAUGUUCCCUCAAAGUUUACAGAGGUUGUUGUCUCUCAUAAGCUUGUUAAUCAAGAGACUCAUGCACCUCCAGAACCAUUCGUCUGA